CGCGGCUCAGUGUGUUGUGCCCCGCUAGACAGAGCCGCCCGCCACAGCUGUGCAGGGUUAGCGGGGCGGGGCGUGUGCUGCGGGACGUUUACCAGGCGUGUGCAGGGCGUGUGCUGCUCUCCACGGGCGUUCCUGAAGGCGGUGCAGCUGGAUGACCUGAGCUCCGACAGUGACGACGAAUACUUCGAUGUUGUGCCCCUGCCGGGCCUGCGGCCUCCGCCCUUGCCCCCGCCUGAGACCUCAUCCGCCGCCUCGCCCCGGCAGGGCCUGCACAACAAGCUCCUUUCCGCCUCGCUCAACCCCCCCACCCACAGCAGGAGCCUCCCCGCUGUGAACAAAGGGCCGCCUAAGCGAACCAUGGGAAACAACCCCGCCCCCGCCGCGCCCACGCCGGGAACAGACACGCCCACACAUGGGGCCGACAAGCCCCCAGCAGCAGCAAUGCCCUCUCCCAAAGCCCCCGCACCUCCCCCUCCCUCAGCUGCCGCCCUGAAGGCCCCUGACAGACCCGCGCCGCAGCUCCCUGCUGGCUUCUCCGUGUCGCGGAGCGGCAGUGUGGUGAGCAGGGGGGAGGGUGUGAAGAAGUACCCCGCGCCGCAGCCUCCCAAAGACCCCAAGACCACAAAGGACUCCAAGGAUGUGAACGACGCCAGCAACUCUAAGGACGCCAAGGAUGGCAAAGACACCAAGCAGGAAGGCGAGGCGGGGACGCCGAACAAGCCAGACUGUCCUGAGGCCAACACAGACAGCAAGCCGCAGAGUGACUCGCUUGACAAAGCGUCGCAGAACAAAGCGAAUUCCGCCGAGGCGCCGCCAAGACCCGGCGCUGCCAUCACUCCUGCCAGCAGCGGCCUGGUCAGGACAGGCAGCGACGCAGACAAGGCGUUUGGCGCCACCCCGAAGCCCCGCCGCGCCCCCUCCUUCAAGAAGUACCCCGCCCCGCAGCCUCCUGCCGCGCCAGCCAGACCAAAGUCCGAUGGCGCGAAUUUGAAUCUUGCGCGAGAUGACGUCCUCGCGGGUCUCGACUGGCAGCGUUCCAAGCCUCCUCCAGCCGUCCGUCACGGGACUCAGCGCGGCGCCCAGCUCGUCAAACCUAUCAGGGAGAGAGAAGAAGUCACCUGACGCUCAAAGCUGUCUGUCGGACGUCAAGGGAGAGGAGGAGGCGACGGUAGCUAAGCCAAUGCCUCAGAGCCCACCUGAAGGCAACCCCAGCUCCACUCUCUCCGCCAGGAAGGUGCGCGCUGGGAGUCCAGUGCCGGAGAAAGUGCUGCUGUCAGGUAGGAAGGCACCCUUGCCCCCUGUGGUGACCGGGAAGCUGAAGAUCGCCACGAGUGACUCCACGACCACGAUGAAGCAGGAUUUGGACAAGGCGUCUUCUAGUGCCAAGGUCGCGGCGAAGGAGGAGGAAGCCAAAGACAGCGGAAGAAAGGCAGCGAGUAAGUCAGCCAAGGUGGAGAGUAAAGAACCAGCACCCGUGGAGGACAAGAAGAUACAUAAUGGCGACCUGGCCCGCAGUCCCUCUCCUGAGAAGACCCUUGGCAAGAAAAAGGAGGGGAAGCAGACCAAAACCACGGACACGGCGAACAGUAGCAGCGGCCAGCAACAAGAUAACGCUUCGAAGAGCAAGAAGGCCGCCAAGACGGAGACCAAACCAGACGAGAUAACCAUAAACCAUGUGUGUAAUGGAACGCAGGAGCCUGGAGAGGAGAAGGCUUCCACUGACGACCAGAAGCACAAGAAGAUGAAUGGAACACACACUGAGGAGGACCCAGGCAGCAGGAGCAGCUCAGUGGCUAGCGACGUGACUUCUCCUGACGUGUCCCAGAAGACCUACAAACGAACCCGGAGCGGAAAAUUGGCGGGAAUCAUGAACAAGUUUGAGGUUGAUGAGCCAUCGAAGGGCAGCGACAAGGUGAAGCCCAAGAAGGUCGGCAAAAUAUCGGGCCUAGCGAGUGUGUUCGAGAGUGGGAAAGACCAAGCACCCUCCAAACCUGACCUCGCCUCCCUCAAGUCCCCGGAGAAGAAGGCGCCGGAGCCUAAACCUGUGAGUAUUGCCGGCAUCACCACCUCCAAGUUUGGCGGUGUUGCAAAGUUCAAGAAACCUGGGGACACGAAGAAGGAGGAAUCCAAACCAACCAUCUCCGAGGACAUGAAGAAGAGUAGCAAGGAAUCAGCAAAGAAGAAGGAUGAAAUGAACGGGGUAGCUGACAACACUGAGGUUAAGAAAACUGAGAAAACUGAUAAGAAUGAUAAGGAAUCGGCGAAGAAAACUGAAGAAAUGAACAGAGUCGCAGAGAACACUGAGAAUAACAAGGACAAGAAAGUGUCUGAGAAAGUUGAGAAGAGGGACAAAGAAGCAAAGAAGAAGGAUGAAGUGAAUGGAGUCACAGACAACAAAACAGAGAACAAGAUCAAGACUGCAUCCGAGGAAAAAACGGAGAAAAGUGACAAAGAGACGAAGAAGAUUGAAGUGAAUGGAGUCAUAAAUAAGACAGAGAACAAGAUCAAGACGGCAUCAGAGGAAAAAACGGAGAAGAGUGACAAAGAAACAAAGAUUGAAGUGAAUGGAGUCGCAGAAAACACUGAAAUUAGCGUGAAGCCGAAGAAGCCAUUUGGAAAGAAGGGAAAGAUUAGCAAAGAGUCGUCGCUGGAGAAGAAAGAUCAAGUCAACGGAGUCACUGAAAGCUGUGAAAUCGACCAAGAGAACAAGAAGUCGCCAGACAAGACCAUCAAAGACCAGUCCGUCAGGAGGAAAGAUUACGUUAACGGCCACGUGGAAGGCAUGGAAGACAACCUGGAGAGCAAAACACAGUCGGUAUCCAAGAAGACAGAGAAGACCGGCGAGACGACGCCCUCGGUGAAGAAGAAGAGCUACAUGAAUGGUAUUGCUGAAAGUGUUGCAAUCGAUGGAGUUAAGAAAGCUCACAAAACAGAGAGUGAAAUAGAUACAUCUGUGAAGACAAAGGAAAAGCCUGGGGUAGAUGUGAAGAAGGAAGAUACAGCGACCGAGAUCCCCCAGACACUCACUAACGGGGACCUGGGGUCGGACGAGAGUAGUCUGUCGUCCGCCUGCGAUUUCGAGGUGAAAGGCGCCGCCACAGCCGCACUCGGCGCCUCCGUCACUGCGGCGGCUGCAGGGCGUGGCGAGACGGGACAGGGAGCCAGGCCCAAGGGAUCUGUCAAACCUCUCCCUGCCAGAGAGGGAGAUAACGAGUCUAAAAUUACCUUAGGUCGGUCAGAUUCCGCCAAGGGCACCAAGGACUCCACGGAGAAGGAAGCUGUCUCCAAGGGUGUGAAGGGCAAGGUGGAAGGCAAAGCGGAUGCCACCAUUGCUCCCACAGUCAAGGGCAGGGAGGCGCUGGCCACCAGCGCGGAGGUUGCCAAAAAACACGCUGCCAAACUUGAUAAAUCGCAUUCAAAGCCCACGGAAGUUGUGGCCGAGCAGGAAGUAACACCCACAGGAGGCGCCGCAUGUCGGCCGCAGCCUGGCGAUGAGGCCAGACCAAAGGAAAACGAUAUCCAGGGGAAAACUGAAUUUAUUGCUGCCCCAAAGACUGAAGGUACAUUGGCUGCAUGUGUUGACCAAAAGAAUAAAACGGAAGCCACGCCCGUGCCGCAGCUCGCGCCUCAAGCAUCAAAUGACACUGCCGCAGGCAAAGCAGUGGCCGAGGCAGUAGUGCAGGCAGCUGGCGGUGCGGAAGCCCUCGUAACGGUGACCACUGCCCAAACCCUCAGGGAAGCCCCUGAGAUCACAACACCCAGCUUUCUCGCACAGCAGACCAGCACUUCCCUGUCACUGGGACACAAACCUGAGGGCGAGAAGAUAGAAAUAAGAGUGAUCCCCAAGGCCACCAUCGCUGACCAGCCGCUCACCAAAAUAAAAGUUAUCGCCAACGCCACAGUGUCUGACCAGCACUUCACCCUCGCCACGGCUGCCCGCGAGGCCUCGCAGGACGCCGAGGGCCGCCAGUCGUUGGCCGUGGGGCGCGUCCCCAGCAGCAGCUCGGCGCCGCAGCUGUCCAUGCUGGGCGCGUCAGGAUACUCCUGGAAGACUAAUCGAAUACGAAGAAAGCUGAACGACGCCAUCGAAAACACGGAGACCAUGCUGCCGCGCCUGGAGUCCGAGGUUGAGGACUUGCUGCGAGAGGCGGAAGACUACCUGGCUCCAGAGCGGAGGGCGCGGCGCUCCUGGACACCCACUUUCCCGCGCAUCAUCACCAGAGGCUCGUGUCCCGCGCUGUCGGCAAGGCGGGCCAGGAGCCACGGCGAGGACGAGGACGAGGUGUUCGAAGACGCCCUGGACCCUUCCCAGCUGGAUACGCUCAUGCCGCUGCCGGACGUGCAGGCGGAGCGGGAGCGGCGGUCUCGGUCCCGCACGCCCAUGGAGGGCCCCGAGCGGUCCCCAUCCAACAACUCCAUGGUGGCGCAGGCAGAGGCGCUGCUCUCCGAGACUGACCGCCUGCUGCGACGCUCCCGCUCGGACAAGUCCCUGCGGAGGUCGUACAGCAGGUCCCUGUCCUCAGCGACGCUCAACAAACUGGCGGAGGUGACUGCGGAUCUGUCGGAGGAACACAAUACAGCCCAUCUAGCAGGGGAGAGACUGGAGGCGGAGCAAGCUGAGAGAAUGAAGCUGGAGAAGGAGGUGGAGAGACUACAGAACAACAUGAGGAUGAUGAGCACAGCGAACGGCAAGCUGGAGAUGGAGAAGCAGGCGUUGCAGAGCGAAGUGCUGAACGGAGAGGCGGAGCACGAUGACGAGGAGGCGGCGGACGCAUCUCUCUACCGCCGCAAGUACGAGUGGUGCCUGCGGGAGAUCGAGCUGCUCAAGAAACAACUGAAGCAGCAGCAAGAGGAUGACCUUGACCAUCUGCUCCUGCUGAAGAAACAACUAGAGAAGAAGGUGGCAGACGCAUACGAGGAGACAGAGGAGCAGCGUCAGGUGGUGGCUCAGGUCAAGAGGAAGUCGCAGAGAAUACAGGCAGAGAUGAACGACCUCAAAAUUCUACUGGAGGAACAGACUUCGAGAAACAACCUGCUGGAGAAGAAGCAGAGGAAGUUCGACCAGGACAUGAUGGCGGCGCAGGAGGAGCUGAGACACGAGCGAACCAACAAGGACAAGGUGCAAAGGGAGAAGGACCAGAUCCUCUCCGAGAAGUACUCCUUUGAGCAAGAGGUGGCGACGCUGAAGCUUGAGCUGGAGCUGAAGGAAGAGAAACUGACAGCCCUGAACAGACAACUGGAGGACCUCAACUUUACGGGCAAGUCUGAGGAGGAGGUGGCUGUCUUGAAGAAGGCGAAACAUGACCUUGAACUGCGCGUCAAGGACCAGGAGGAGGAGCUGGACGACUUGGCAGGGCAGGUGCAGAUGCUGGAGGGCGCCAAGGUGAGGCUGGAGAUGAGCAUUGAGCAAAUGAGGAAGGAGAACAGGCGGGAAGUGAGCCAGCGCGAGGAGGAGCUGGAGGAAGUGAGACUUUCAGCACAGAAGAAGAUCAAAGCCUUGGAGAGUCAGCUGGAGAACGAACACGAGGAGAGAACACUGUUGGUCCGCGAGAAACAUGAGUUGGAGCGUCGCGUGUCAGACCUCCAGGACCGCAAUGUGGGGCAGGUAGACGAGGAGUAUGUACACAAGCUGAAGAAGGAGCUGAAGAAGACCAAGGCACUGCUGCGGGACACCCAGACCAUGCUGGAGAAGAGCCAGUCAGAGGGUGGACAGAAGCUUCUCAUCAGGCAGCUCAAGACACAGCUGGAAGACGCUGAAUUCGCCAAGACAGCCGCCAUCAAGGCCCGGCAGUGUGCUGAGGCUGACCUGUCUGACCUCACGUCCCAGAUGGAGGAGGCUCAGCGGUCCAGGAAGGAGGCUGAGGACCGGUGUGCCAGGAUUGGGAAGGAAAGAGCUGAGAUACAAACACAGCUGGAAGAGAGUGAGGAGGAGGUGGCAGAGGUCAUGAAGAAGUACAAGUCAGUGGUGUCGCAGCUGUCGGUGGACCAAAUCACACUCUCCGAGCAGACCCAACAGAUUGCUGAGCUGGAGCAUGAAAAACAGGUGCUUCAUGAGCGCCUGUUGGAGUUGUCAAGCAAGGUGGAGGUACUGGAGGGAGAGACAGCCAACAUCCACACCCAGCGGCGCCUUGAGCUCAAGAUCAAGGAGGUGGAGUCCAAACUGGAGCUGGAGCAGACCACCAGACAGAGGCUAGAGAGUCAAAUUAGCAGACUAAAGGACCAGCUGGAGCGAGUGACUGGUGACUGUGACUCGGCACGGCUGAAGGAGGCUCAGGCAGUGGAGCAGAACAAGCGCGUUGCCCGGCAGUUGCGUGAUGCCAAGGAGGACCUGGCCACACUGCAGCAGCGCCACACCGACGCUGUCAACAAGAAGAGUGAGAUGGAGAAGCAGCUGGAGUUGGCAGAUUCUGAAGUGGCCACCCUGAAGAGUGACCUCAAGUUGGCAUUCAAGAGAAUUGAGGACCUGCAGCAGGCCAUCCAGGGUGACCUCAAUGAUUCAGACUCGGACCUCUCAGACAGUGACAGCGACAGCGACGGCAGCUUGAGCUCUUAUCUGACAGCAUCUCUGAAACAGCAGAUGUCCUCCUCCAAUUCAACACUUCGCACUCCCCCCUCGGAAGUGCAUCAGUUAGACAGGGCGGAACAGCCCACCUCUCCCUGCAGCGAGGCGAUCAGUGAGGACCUGGAUGAGGCAGCGGCCACAAGGGAGUCUUUUGCGUGAUAGUUUGUACUUAGCUUAUACCUGAUAUAAGUAUUACUAUAUUACCAUUAUCAUCACACUGCAUAGAAUUUUAUAUGUGAGAGAUGAUAAAACUAAUAGGUGUAUUUCUGAAUUCUCUAGCUUAACUGAACAUUUCUAGGCAAAAAGUUGUGUUCCAGUGGUGAUUUGUUGUUACUGGAGAAGUGAUUGAGCUUUAAAUAGGUUUUGUAUAUGUGUACAGAGAUAUGAUGACAAUAGCUGGGUGAGAGGACGCUGCUGCUUCUUGAUCUCUUGCUACUUGGUGCUCUCCUCCUCCAGAAGGGUUUGUUUACCUUUUUUUUUUUUUUUUUUUUUUUCCCCUCACAUUAUAAGUGACAUUCCUUACGUGUCUCGGCUCGGUAGGUGGAUCAGCCACACGUUCCUUGUUCUUGUCCACUCUUCGUAACUUCAUGUUGCAACCUUAAUAUUCUUUUAAUUAUAAAGUAAAGAUGCAGUGGUGUGGUUUAUCCAUCUAUGGUAGUUGCUCACGAACAUCAGUUUGCUGCAGUAGUACAGUUCUGAACAAUAUUGACGUGAACACACAACAAACUUUGCCUCCUCACAUGGUUUACGAACUCGGUUACACAUGUAGACAGGAUCAGUACUACAACCAUGACUGACUUUAGUUUCUGUCCUGCCCACUGCAGCUCACAAGUGUACCUUUAGUCAGCAUUGGGUUGACUUUGGAGUUCACGAAGAUUAACUUAACGUUUUCUCACUCCUGCUCACAAUGCUGCCUGCACUGAGGCCUUAUUGCCGCCCCCAGGACCCUGCAUCCUCUGCCUCCCCUGUGGCUUGCUGUCCAGUUUGUUUUGUAUAUAAAAGCCUGUAAAAAUUUUGUGAAUGCAUAUUUACUAUGUAUAUAUGUCAAACUUGCCUUAGUUGUGCAUUGAAUGGCUGGGCAGCGCACCACAUGGGAAUUCCUGCUUGCUUCCCACCUCUUCCCAGUCUGAAGAGUGGAGACAGCCCAGCUCUGGCACUUCCACCCUCUCUUCUCUCCUCCUGUCCUCCUCCUGCAACAAUGUACAGUGUCUCAGUUCCUCAGGAAGGUGUUGAUGCCAGGAGAAACACUUCACUAAACACUUGUGGUACAUCUUUGUACACAACAGACUCCUAGAUUCAAUAUUUGCUACAGUGAGAUUUACUGAAUUUGUACAUGCAUGCAGCAAACUUUUGAAAGCUCAGAUAUCCAAUAUUGACUGAAGUGAGAUUUAGGCAGUGAAUUUGUACAUACAGAAAUACACAAAUAUUCAGCAAAGUGAGAUUAAGAAUGAUGCAAACUGUAUUAAACAUACACUUGAAAAUGAAACUGUGCUUUGAAUAACCAAUUAAACAAACAUAAAUACCAAAAAAGAAUCACAUGUAUAUUUUUACCUAUCUAUAUAUUAGCCAUUUCAUUUAUGUAGCAAGUUAACCAAACUAGAGAGAAGCAAACGUGCAGACAAGCCAACAAAAAAACGUGCCAUUGUGGGGAAUUGGUUGACUACACUCCUCAUUUGAGCUUGACUUGUCUUGCCUUCAUGAAGCAGAACCACUUGACUGAUCAAUGAACAACUGUGACUGGUACUUAAUAUCGCCUUGUUCAUUUUGGCCAGGAAAGGAAAACAGAUAUAUUAUUAUGGUGUACAAGGCCUUGAUAGGAACUGUAUUACUGUAUCAAAAAGUAUAUCAUAUAGUCUAUACAUAUUUAUUUACUUUCUUGUAAAUUAUUUAUCCUCCCCUCACCAAUAAAGCUCAUGUAAGAAAUCAUAUCACAGAAUCCUUAGUGUAAGACAAAGGUUUGUAAUGAUUUGUAUGGAAUUUCUUUAUAUAGAUAUGUACAGUGGAAAACACAACUAACAGAUGAAA